GUACAAGGCCUCUGUGGGAAGCUGAUUUCUUACUUGGAAAUAUUUCCGUUGAAAUCUGCAUAGUCUUCUUCUUCGAUUCCUACCUUCUUCACACACAACAAAAGAAUCUUAUUAUGCUCUGAAAGCCGGAGCAUUUCCCUUUUCCGUCUGCAUAUAUUAUAUUCACUUCCUUUUGCCGCUUUUGAGAUUAUCGCCAUAGCAGAUCCUCCCAAGAUUAGUUUUUUCCGCUUAUGCUAGCUCGGUAACAUACCAGAGCGCAUUUUCUUACGUGAUCUGUAACCUGGAAGUUACCAGCUGCAUUUUGUUACUUCCGCCAGCUUGUCUUGAUUAUGUUGUGUUUGAUAAAGUCUCCCCCUUUUUUGAUUUAAAUAUAGAACUAUCAGAGCAUUUGAUCCUUAAUUUGAACCCUUUGUCUUUUCUUUUAUGACCCCUUACUUUCAAUCCUAGAUGCUACUGUAGCUGCCAAGCUGAACCGCGUCUCUUUCCGUUUUGAGCUUUGUUCUUUGUUCUUUUAUGUCGAAGGUUUCUAACUUUUUAUUUGGUUUUAAACUUGCACUUUGAUCACCGCGUGCCUAAGCGUCAUAAUACCAGUUAAUCGUUUUUCCUUUUGAAGUUUUCGCUUUUCUGGGUUUUGAACUUGGUCGUAGGAGUUGGGGGAUCUAGAUUUGAGUUGAGAGAAGGGGCUGUUUGAUGCACCUAUUGGCCUAAAUCAUUGACGGGUUUUAUGCCAAGUUGCCUAGAUGCUGCCUGAUCAAAGAAAAAAGUCAUCUGUGGAUGUGAACUUCUUCACAGAAUAUGGUGAAGGGAGCAGAUACAGAAUAGAAGAAGUAAUUGGUAAAGGAAGCUAUGGUGUAGUUUGCUCCGCGUCAGAUACACACACUGGAGAAAAGGUUGCAAUAAAGAAAAUUAAUGACAUAUUUGAACAUGUCUCUGAUGCUACUCGUAUUCUUCGUGAGAUUAAGCUUCUUAGACUCUUGCGUCACCCUGAUAUUGUGGAGAUCAAACAUAUCUUGUUACCACCUUCCAGGAGAGAAUUUAAAGAUAUAUAUGUCGUGUUUGAACUCAUGGAAUCCGAUUUACAUCAGGUCAUCAAAGCAAAUGAUGAUCUGACUCCAGAGCACUAUCAGUUCUUUCUUUAUCAGCUUCUUCGAGGCUUGAAGUACAUACACACAGCAAAUGUUUUUCACCGUGACCUAAAACCAAAAAACAUCUUAGCAAAUGCUGACUGCAAACUCAAGAUCUGUGACUUUGGUCUUGCCAGAGUAGCAUUUAAUGACACACCCACUGCCAUAUUCUGGACGGAUUAUGUUGCAACAAGGUGGUAUAGGGCUCCUGAGCUGUGUGGAUCCUUUUUCUCCAAGUACACACCAGCUAUAGAUAUAUGGAGCAUUGGCUGCAUUUUUGCAGAACUUUUAACUGGAAAACCUCUUUUCCCGGGGAAGAAUGUUGUCCAUCAGUUGGACCUCAUGACUGAACUUCUUGGAACGCCAUCUCCUGAUGCCAUUGCUAGGAUACGAAACGAGAAAGCUCGGAGAUAUUUGAGCAGCAUGCGAAAGAAGAAGCCAGUUCCUUUCUCCCAAAAGUUUCCUAAUGCAGAUCCGCUUGCUCUUCGUUUGUUGGAAAGAAUGCUGGCAUUUGACCCUAAGGACCGGCCUACUGCUGAAGAGGCUCUGGCAGAUCCAUAUUUUAAGGGUUUGGCCAAGGUUGAAAGAGAGCCUUCAGCACAGCCAGUUAGCAAGAUGGAAUUUGAAUUCGAGAGACGCAGGAUAACAAAGGAGGACAUACGAGAGCUCAUAUAUCGAGAAAUUCUGGAAUACCAUCCGAAGAUGUUGAAGGAGCACCUAGAGGGAGCAGAGCCAACCAGUUUUAUGUAUCCAAGUGCCGUCGACCACUUCAAGAAGCAAUUUGCUUAUCUAGAGGAGCAUUAUGGGAAGGGUGGAACUGUUAUUGCGCCUGAGAGGCAGCAUGCAUCAUUGCCCAGGCCAUGUGUAUUAUAUUCAGAUAACUCAGCACAAAGUCCAGCCGAGGUUGCAGAAGAUCUCUCAAAAUGUUGCAUCAAAGAAGUUGAGAAGCCACCCGUGGAGAGGACUGGUGGCAUCCCUUUGGCUCGGCUUCCUGCGCAGGUUCCACAAAAUAUGCAAGGUAUGACACCUUACUCGAUAGUUGGUUCAGUAUUGCGUUACAACUGUGGGGUAGCAGCAACAGCAGACGUUUUUGAACAGCGGCAGAUGGUUAGAAAUCCACCUGUUUCAGCCCAAUAUGCUGCUUCAAGCUGUUCAUAUCCCAGAAGAAACCCAGCCUGUAAAAAUGAGAGGACAGAAGAUGAUGGAAUAGAAGGUUCCAAUGGUUUGCAACCAAAGCCUCAAUAUAUGCCUAGAAAAGUUGCUGCCGCUCAAGGUGGAGCUUCAAGUCAUUGGUAUUGAACUAUUGUUUUACAUACCAAAACUUGGGUAACAUCUGCCACUGAGCCUUACAGAUCUUGCAUCUGGGUUUGUUUCCGCCUAACCUCAGGACGAUAAUCUGAAUCUUAACUGGUGGCAUAACCUUCAUCUGGAAAGACUCAAGGUAAAAACUUGAGAAUGAAGUUGAAGAAGCCUCUGGCUGAAGUUUAGUUACAUCUUUGUAAUUUUCUGUCACUCUGAUUCACUUAUAGCAUGAAACAGGAAAGACUAGUAGCAACAAAAUAGUUCUGAUCUCUGCAUUCCACAAUACAGCUGUCUACUUUUGUCCUAAUUUUAUUUUGGGCCAUCACACUGAUAAGUGUAUUUUUCUCACCCACCUACCUGCCUGUAUUGUAUUCUAAAUAAUCAUCUCGUCCUCUUUCAACUGUAUUUUGAAUCCAGAACUAUCUUUGGUGGUACCAAGACCAAAACUUGACCCGUGGAAAUUCUAGGUUGUUUCACUUGAAUACUUGCUUCUACUUUUUCAUUAUUCUGAUACCUUCAAUCUUCAAUUGUUCUUUCUUAAAA